CCGGGUAGCGGCGUAAGCUGUCUGUUGUGACAGCUUGGCACUCGACAGGAUACUAAACGUCGUGUCGUCGUCCAUUUAUCUUUAUGAAAGUUCAUUCGCCAACCAAAGCAUUGUAUUUAGUUUUUUUUUCUUUUUUUGCGGAUAAAGUCGUUUGCUAAUUCACUAGCAUUGCUGACGCCGAGCUGGCGGAGCAGCGAGUUAGCAACAGUGACCCUCCCAGCACUGUUAGCUGUAGCUACAUUGUUUCCUUGUUCCAUCAUGGUAACUAAUUAGCAGCUUUUUUGUAUGUCCUCAUAUAGCGAGGAGUGCGCUUUCUCCAGCUAGCUUCAUGGCAAGUCUUAUCAUUUUAAAGGACGCAAACGUUCUAAGUCAAUGGCUCAGCUGUAGCUUGCUUCCUCCAUUGUUGACAUGGAUUGCGUUCAUCUGAGGUGCUUUGUGGACUCUUAAUAAGACUGGACAACAGAAUUGAAUAACCAGAAAAUAUGGAAAUUAUGAGGUAACCAAAACUGUGCCACUUCUCCACCAAAAUGAGGAUGAGCUGGGCUCUAAAAGAGGACAAUUGUGCCAGCUGGACUUAUUGAUCUUGUGUGGGCGUUUGGACAAAGAGCAAGAGUUUAUUUGUCCCCCAAGUAAAAUUUCACCUUAUGUAAGACUCCAAGAGGAGACUUGGUUAAAAGAAAAGAUCCCUGGAAGCUGGGCCUCUCGUCUGGAACCACGAUGCUGCUAAGGACACUUCUGAUUACUAGUCUUCUUGGCUGGACAAAAUGUCAGGAGAGCCAGAGCAUGACCCUGGAGGAGAAGACUGUUAUUAGGGACCAAGUUCUUGAAAUGUUUGACCAUGCUUAUGGGAGUUACAUGAAAUAUGCCUAUCCAGCUGAUGAGCUGAUGCCUCUAAGCUGCAGAGGGAGAGUGCGUGGACAAGAGCCUAACAGAGGGGACAUAGAUGACACCUUGGGGAGGUUUUCUCUCACUCUGAUUGACACGCUUGAUACACUGGUGGUGCUAAACAAGCUCGAUGAGUUUGAGGAUGCAGUGAGGAAGGCUGUCAGGGACGUACGCUUUGAUAAUGAUGUGGUGGUGUCAGUGUUUGAGACCAACAUCAGGGUUUUAGGGGGGCUUUUGGGGGGCCACACUAUGGCUGACCUGCUGCGGCAGCGUGGGGAGAUGAUGCAGUGGUAUCGAGAUGAACUCCUAGAAAUGGCCAUAGAGCUGGGCCAUCGACUACUUCCUGCCUUCAACACCACAAGUGGCCUUCCCUACCCUAAGGUGAAUCUGCGGUAUGGCAUUCAAAACCCACUUUCACGCACAGGAACUGAAUCAGACACCUGCACGGCAUGUGCAGGGACAAUGAUCCUGGAGUUUGCUGCCCUCAGCAGACUCUCAGGAAAGUCAGUGUUUGAGGAACAUGCAAGGAAAGCUUUGGAUGUCCUUUGGGAGAGGAGACAAAGAGGGAGCGACUUGGUGGGAACCGUUAUUAAUAUCCAUAAUGGAGAAUGGGUCAGGAGAGAUAGUGGAGUUGGUGCUGGAAUUGACUCGUACUAUGAAUAUCUGAUGAAGGCCUACAUUCUUCUAGGAGACCACGUUUUUCUGGAAAGGUUCAACGUUCACUACAGUGCCAUCAUGAAGUACAUCAGUCAGCCUCCCCUGCUGUUAAAUGUACAUAUGCACAACCCCACUGUGAGCGUGCGGAGCUGGAUGGAUUCCUUGCUGGCAUUUUUCCCUGGAUUACAGGUUUUGAGGGGAGAUCUGAAACCAGCCAUUGAAACCCAUGAGAUGCUUUACCAAGUCACCAAACAGCACAAGUUCCUUCCAGAGGCUUUUACUACAGAGUUUAGAGUCCACUGGGGCCAGCACUUACUGAGACCAGAGUUUGCAGAAAGCACUUACUACCUCUACAAGGCCACUGGUGACCCAUACUACCUCAGAGUGGGACAGUCUAUAGUGGAAAAGCUCAAUGCCUAUGCCAGGGUGCCUUGUGGGUUUGCUGCUGUGCAGGACGUUCGCACUGGGACACAUGAAGACCGGAUGGACUCGUUCUUUCUGGCAGAGAUGUUUAAAUACCUGUACUUGUUGUUUUCGGAGAAGACCCAGCUGCCAAUUGAUAUUGAUGAUUACAUCUUUACCACUGAGGCUCACCUCCUCCCCAUCUCCCUCUCCACCACUCAGCCACCCUGUGAAGGCAAUGUUACUGAUACUGUUCCUGUUUUUCGAGACGAAGAUCUGUUUACACACUCCUGUCCAAGCACAGAAUCAUUGUUCCCCAACAACCCCUCAUUUGCCAAAACCAUCAGGGACAGCUACAAGUACCUUACCGGGGUGGGACGAGCCUUUCAUCCUCUGCCUGUCAGGGAAAUUGAACUACCAUUCCACGAUAGUAGCAUGGAACCAGUGGAGUUCUUGAAAAGCAUGGGCAUCUCUCUCACACCACUGAAUGAGAUCGCUGGAGGAAACACCAGAAGUCAGAGGGAGCAUAAAGGGGUGUAUCGGGUAAAGCUUGUAGCAGAGGUAAGCCAGACACCAGAGGAGGAGGUGGUGGUACCUCUUGUGGUUCAGCUCAUAUCCCCUCCGUUUCUUGGAAGGACAGUCCUCACUGCAGGACCUGCCAAGUUUGGAAUGGACCUCGCUAAGCAGGAGCAUGGGGUUAAAGGCAGCAUAGUGAAAGCUUCCCCCUACACAGCAUGCGGGCCAGUAGACAAUGCAGUGGAGCUUAAAGGACGCAUUGCUCUGACAUUACGUGGUGAAUGCAUGUUUGCUGCAAAGGCUCGUUGGCUACAGCAAGCAGGAGCCAUAGGAGUUAUCUUCAUAGACCAUCGUGAGGGAAGUAAUAGUGAAGAGACUCCCCUCUUCCAGAUGGUGGGAGAUGGUGACUCCACUGAAGACAUUACUUUACCUCUAGUCUUCCUCUUCAGCCGAGAGGGUGCUGUGCUCACAGCUGCCCUGGAGGAACAUCACAAUGUGGAUGUGCUGCUGUUGUCCAAGGAACGACAGCUUGGACAUGGUAAAGCAGAAAAACCCAUCAGCAUGAACAUAAAAUUCCGCCUUGCAGAGGACGGGGAGCAGGAUGAAGGAGCAGAUAAAGGGUCCACCCUAGAGUUUGUCUUGGAGAAUGAAGAAGUGUUUCUGAAAGAAGGGCUCGGUGGAAAACAACAAUCACAGCAACAGCAGGUCUCCACACAAGCAGCAGAGAGUGACAGAACUAAACCGUGUUCAGCAGACUCAUUUAAAACUCCAAACUCUAACGCUGGACCAGAAGCAAACCCUUGAUCGCUGUGGAUUGUGAAGCCGCCAAGUGUCCCAACACUGGUUCCUUGUCAGUGUCUGAGUAGCAUGUGCCUCAGAGCCCCCUCACUGCCCUACAGAUCAUGGAGCCCUAACUGACACAGCCUGCAUGUUUACAGCUGAUCGUGGGGAGUCCAGCAAUGUCAGCCCCAAUCACAUACUGUCUUUACGCAAACAUAAAGAUGACUCCUAAAUCAUCGGUCAGUUUUUGGAGGUUCUCUUCUGUGUAAAUGAUUUCACGAGACCAAACUGGGACGUAUAAGGCCAGAAGCUGUAGGAUAAGAAGAAAAGUUUGUUGUUACUUAAACUUGAACCUUGUGGUAAUGCUGAUACUGUAUAGCAAAUGGACCUGAGUUUCAGUUCAUUUUACCCUUAAGGAAAGUAUAGAUAAGGCAACAAAAAUGUACUCAGCUAUGUUUUUAUGCAAUGCAAGUUGUUUUUAAUCUAGAUUGCACCUUUUUAAUUCCAGUAAUAUUUAGAUCAGGGGUGCCCAAGUCCUGUCCUCAAGAGCUACCAUCCCACUACUGUUAGAUGCAACCCUUCUCCAACACACCUGAAUCAAAUGACUGGCUCGUUACCAGGCCUCUGCAGAGCUGAAUGGCAUGCAGAUGACAUCUGAUUCAAUUGUGUUGGAGAAGGGUUGCAUCUAAAAGUUGCAGUAUGAGAACCGAACUUGGGCACCCCUGAUUUAGAUAUUAAGUAAUGGUGAGUGGAGCAUUACUUGGCCAGUAGGUGGUGUUGACUACCAUAACUUCUCAGUUACAUAAUUCUAGUGGAUGAAAGAGGGGAAUUGCAGCUUGUUUAGAAAAUUGAUUUUGUAUUUGUAAGUAACUUCAGGGAAUUUCAAGAGUGAAUGCAGUUUGCAAGUUUGACGUAUUUGAAGAAAUGCUUGUGUGAGUGUGUUCUGCAUUUACUUUUUUGCUGGAAUGUGAGCAUGCAAGUGUGUGCGAUAACUAAUACUCAAAAGUGCAUCUCAGUUAAAAGUCCAUACAAAUUACAUCAUGCAACAAAUAAAAACUGCACGGAUUGACUAAGUUUCACUUUCUAGGCUACAUGUUCUCUGACCUAUAAUUGACAGGGUAGUUUAUUUGUACAUAAUCACUGCUGCUAUGCAUUUUUACAUACUGGUAUGAUCAUACAUGGCAGAUUCAAACAGAAACAACCUCUGACUCUUUUACAUUUGUUUAUAUUUCAAAUAAAUGUAGCUGCAAGCAAUCAUUUGCUCUUAGACUGGUAUGUAGAGUUUAUGUCCAUCUUAGUAAGUUUCACAACAGAGCAAAAUGUGUUAUUUUGUCACCCUGAAGUUAAAAGUAAACUGGAAAGAUAUUCUUCCCACAGUAUGAUUGAAGUCUGUUAUGGAUGUAUUUUGGAUUCAUAUUGUAUGUUGAGAUUUGAAUGCACCUGUUCUAAAUUUGUUUUUCACAUCGUCCUCAAAGGCUCAACUGUUUCAUUUUCAAUAUGUGUAAUUGCAUUAUGCAGCAGUUCAGAGAAAAUGUUCUUUAAGCAGCAAUUUCCUGUUGAUUUUCUUUAUUUGUCAGUAAGAGGUUGUCUAUUUUGUUAUUUGUUGUGCGUCCCCUCUAACACACACACCCUCUCCACUAGUUGGAACCUUUGCCAUCAAGCAGAAAACCUCAUGGCAGAACACAUUUUCUUUCAAAUCUGUACAGUAGAAUAUUUCCUGAUUUUGCUGCGCUGAUUUUAAGUCUUAAUCCAAGAUUGAUCAUUUGUUAAGCCUUAUCAUUAGGCUUUGCCAACCUGUAUACCUCAGGACUGUAUACAUUAUUUUUCAUGUGGAUAAAAAGACCAUGCAUAAGAAACAAUUCUUUUUACAUCAGUUUUCAAGAUAUUUAUUACUUUGUCCAGCUGUUCUUUGACCUCUCUGCUAUACAGCUUUACAAAAGUGCCAAAAGUGAUGCAUGACAUCUACACGGGUUCAGGGAUGUGAGCUCAACUGGUCCUGUUAAUAAAUCCAAACUCAUAAUUUC